AUGCCAACAACCAAGAAACCUCACCAUUUCUGCCUUCUCCCUCUGCUCCUAUCCUUCCUCUCUCUCCACCUCCCACCACCCGCCGCCGCCGCGGAUAGAGACGCCAGGAGUCUAAUCAGCUUCAAAGCCGCCUUAUCCAACCCACCACCUCUCCUCUCCAACUGGCUCCCCAACCAAGACCCCUGCUCAUUCAACGGCGUCAAAUGCCAAAGCCGCGCAGCAAACAGAGUCUCCGCCGUAGACCUCAGCUUCUCUCCCCUGAGCGCCGAUUUCCAGACCGUCGCGAAAUUUCUCCUCUCGAUUGACUCCCUCGAGAGCUUGGCCCUUCAAUCAGCGAACGUCUCCGGCUCCAUAUCGUUUCCUCCUGGAUCUAAGUGCAGCUCUGUUUUGACCAGCUUGGAUCUGUCGAGGAAUUCUCUGUCGGGCCCCGUUUCGGAUGUUUCGGGUCUGGCUGCCUGCCCCGGUUUGAAGUCCCUCAAUCUCUCCGGCAACGCUCUGGAUUUCUCGGUGAAGGAGAAAUGGAGCGGCGGGCUGAAGAUUGUUGCAGGUUUGGAGUCGCUUGAUCUUUCGUGGAACAAGCUCGUCGGGCAAAACGUCGUGUCAUUUUUGCUUGGCGGCGGCGGUGGUUGUAGCGAGUUGAAGAUGAUGGCGAUUAAGGGGAACAAAGUCGGCGGCCAGGUCGAUGUUUCCGGUUGCAGGAAUCUGGAGUAUCUGGACAUAUCGGCGAACAAUUUCUCCGGCGGCGGGCUUCCUUCCCUCGGAGAUUGCUCUGUUUUGGAACACCUCGACAUCUCCGGCAACAAAUUCUCCGGCGAUCUCGCCGCUGCAAUUAAGUCAUGCUCGGAGCUCAACUUCCUCAACGUCUCCACCAAUUUGUUCUCCGGUCGAAUCCCGGAGGGAAUUCCGGCGGCGAACCUGAAGUUCAUUUCCCUUGCCGGGAAUGAUUUUCACGGCGGGAUUCCUUUGCAGCUCGUUGAUUCAGCUUGUCCAGGUCUUGUUACUCUCGAUCUUUCUUUGAACAAUCUCUCUGGCUCUGUCCCUCCUUCUCUAGCUUCUUGCACUUCACUUGAGAAUCUCGACAUUUCCGUCAACAAUUUCACCGGCGAAAUCCCUCUGCCUAUUCUCUUGAAAAUGAGCAGUUUGAAGAAGAUUGAUUUGUCUUACAACAAUUUCGUCGGUUGGUUAUCCGAUUCCUUUUCCAAAAUGCCCAAUUUGGAGUCUCUGGAUCUUAGCUCGAAUGAAUUAGAGGGUCAAAUCCCGGGUACACUCUGCUCCGAUAACCCGAAUGGAGUAUUGAAGGAGCUCUAUCUUCAGAACAAUCAGUUCACCGGCUCAAUACCUCCGGCAUUGAGCAACUGUUCGCAGCUGACAUCUCUCCAUUUGAGCUUCAACUACCUCACCGGGACAAUACCUUCCAGCUUGGGCUCCCUCCAUAACCUCCAGGAUUUGAAGCUCUGGUUCAAUCAGCUCCAUGGCGAAAUCCCGCUGGAGAUUAUGUCCAUCAAAACUCUGGAGACUCUGAUCCUCGACUUCAACGAGCUGUCAGGUACCAUCCCUGCCACCAUUAGCAGCUGCACAAAUCUCAACUGGAUUUCUCUGUCAAACAACAAGCUCAACGGGGAAAUCCCGCCGUCGAUUGGCCAGCUCUCCAGCCUCGCCAUUCUCAAGCUAAGCAACAACUCCCUUAUUGGCCGAAUACCUCCUGAGCUUGGUGACUGCAAGAGCUUGAUAUGGCUGGACCUCAAUAGCAAUUACCUCAACGGUUCAAUCCCGCCGGAGCUCUUCAAGCAGUCGGGUAACAUUGCAGUCAACUUCAUUGCUGGGAAGAGAUACGUCUACUUGAAGAAUGACCACUCUGAUCACUGUCAUGGGACUGGGAACCUGCUCGAAUUCGCAGGGAUUAGGCCAGAGAAUCUGGACAGAAUCUCCAUUCGCCACCCUUGCAACUUCACUAGAGUCUAUGGAGGUCACACUCAGCCGACUUUCAAUGAUAACGGGUCGAUGAUGUUCCUCGACCUUUCUUACAAUCUAUUGACGGGUCCCAUCCCAAAGGAGAUCGGAACAAUGUCUUAUCUCUACAUUCUGAAUUUGGCUCACAAUAACAUCUCUGGCAACAUCCCACAGGAGCUUGGUGACCUGAAGGGACUCAACAUUUUGGACCUCUCCAGCAAUGCACUCCAAGGUUCCAUACCAAACUCCAUGACUGGGCUUUCCCUGUUGACUGAAAUCGACUUGUCGAACAAUGAUUUGACUGGGAUGAUCCCUGAACAGGGCCAGUUCGAGACGUUCCAAGCUCCUAGCUUUAUCAACAACUCAGGUCUCUGUGGUAUCCCUCUCCCAAAAUGUGGCAAGGGGCCUACUGCUGCCAACUCUCUGCAUCAGAAGUCUCAUAGGCGACAAGCUUCUUUAGCUGGCAGCGUGGCAAUGGGAUUGCUAUUCGCCUUAUUCUGUAUCUUCGCCGCGGUUUUGAUCUCCAUUGAAGCUAAGAAACGGAGGAAGAAGAAAGAAUCGGCUCUCGAUGUGUUCAUGGAGAAUCAUUCUCAUUCGGGGAACCCCAACACGAGCUGGAAGUUGACUGGAGCACGAGAAGCAUUAAGCAUCAACCUCGCCACGUUCGACAAACCAUUACGAAGACUGACAUUCGCUGAUCUUCUAGAGGCUACCAAUGGGUUCCACAAUGACAGCCUCAUCGGGUCUGGUGGGUUUGGUGAUGUGUACAAAGCCCAGUUGAAAGACGGGAGUGUCGUGGCGAUCAAGAAACUGAUCCAGAUAAGUGGUCAGGGGGAUAGAGAGUUCACCGCAGAGAUGGAGACCAUCGGGAAAAUCAAGCACCGGAACCUCGUCCCGUUACUUGGCUACUGCAAAGUAGGGGAAGAGCGGCUGCUGGUUUAUGAGUACAUGAAGUAUGGAAGCUUGGAAGAUGUUCUUCAUGACCAGAGAAAAGCCGGGAUAACGCUAGAUUGGAACGCGAGAAGAAAGAUCGCCAUUGGGGCAGCGAGAGGCUUAGCAUUUCUCCACCACAACUGCAUCCCACACAUCAUUCACCGAGACAUGAAGUCGAGCAAUGUGUUGCUCGACGAUAAUUUGGACGCACGGGUGUCGGAUUUCGGUAUGGCGAGGUUGAUGUCCGCCAUGGACACGCAUCUCAGCGUGAGCACGUUGGCGGGGACACCGGGCUACGUCCCUCCCGAGUACUACCAGAGCUUCCGGUGUUCGGUGAAGGGCGACGUGUACAGUUACGGAGUAGUGUUGCUCGAGCUCUUGACGGGUAGGAGACCGACGGAUUCAGCUGACUUUGGGGACAACAACUUGGUCGGAUGGGUGAAGCAGCAUGCGAAGUUGAAGAUAACCGACGUGUUCGAUCCCGUGCUGAUGAAGGAGGAUCCGAGCGUCGAGAUCGAGCUGCUGCAGCAUCUGAAAGUGGCGUGUGCUUGUCUGGACGAUCGGCAUUUGAGGAGGCCGACGAUGAUUCAGGUGAUGGCAAUGUUCAAGGAGAUCCAGGCGGGUUCGGGGUUGGAUUCGCAGUCGAGCAUCGUGACCGGGGAGGACGAUGUUGUGGUUGGUGGUGGUGGGUUUGGUGGUAUGGUGGAGAUAAAGGAAGCCCCUGAAGUAGCAGGGAAGCAGUUGCAGGAAUGA